AGCCGUUAAACGAGCUUCUGCCCCUCCUUUCGCUCCCGGCCGUCGGCGUGGAGAGAUUUCCCGCCUUUUCUGAGGUUCGGAGACGGAAGCUCUUGUUGCUUCUUUUUGCUGUCCUCAUAGACAGCAGGUGGCAGUUCGCGUGGGCACGGAGCCCGCGUUUCCCGCUAGUUUUUUAAAGAUAAUUACGACUGGAAAAGAAAAUGGAAAAGCAAAAGCCCUUUAAAUUGUUUGUACCACCAAGAUUAAGUAGCAGUCAAGUGUCUGCAGUGAAACCUCAGACGUUGGGAGGAGAUUCUAAGUUCUUCAAGGGUUUCAACAAAUGUGUUGAAGAUGAUUUUGGUUUUCCAUUUGUGGUGACUAAUCUCUCCAAAAAUGGGGAAAACAUUGAUUCAGAUCCUGCUUUACAGAAAGUUAACUUUUUGCCUAUGCUUGAACAGGUUGAUAAUUCUGACAGUUGUCACUACCAGGAAGGACUAAAGGACUCUGAUUUUGAGAAUUCAGAGCCAAUGAGCAGACUAUAUUCAAAACUAUAUAAGGAGGCUGAAAAGAUCAAGAAGUGGAAAGUAGGUGUAGAAUCUGAACUGAAGCAGAAAGAAAACAAGCUGCAAGAAAAUAGAAAGAUAAUUGAAGCACAGCGGAAAGCCAUUCAAGAACUACAGUUUGAAAAUGAAAAAGUAAGUUUGAAAUUAGAAGAAGGAAUUCAAGAAAAUAAAGAUUUAAUAAAAGAGAAUAAUGCCACAAGACAUUUAUGUAACCUACUCAAAGAAACAUGUGCCAGAUCUGCAGAAAAGAUGAAGAAAUAUGAAUAUGAACGGGAAGAAACUAGGCAAGUUUAUGUGGACCUAAAUAGUAACAUUGAGAAAAUGAUAAUAGCUUUUGAGGAACUUCGUGUGCAAGCUGAGAAUUCCAGACUGGAAAUGCAUUUUAAGUUAAAGGAAGAUUACGAAAAAAUCCAACACCUAGAAGAGGAAUACAAGAAAGAAGUAAAUGACAAGGAAAAACAGGUAUCACUGCUGUUGAUCCAAAAUACUGAGCAAGAAAAUAAAGUGAAAGAUUUGACAUUUCUGCUAGAGGAGUCCAGAAAUAAAGUUAACCAACUAGAAGAAAAGACAAAAUUACAGAAUGAAAACUUAAAAGAAUCAAAUGAGAAGCAAGAUCAUUUGACAUCAGAACUCGAAGAUAUUAAAAUAUCUUUGCAAAGAAGUGUGGGUACUCAAAAGGCUUUUGAGGAAGAUUUACAAAUAGCAACAAAAAAAAUAUAUCAGCUCACUGGAGAAAAAGAAGCUCAAAUGGAAGAAUUUAAUAAAGCUAAAGCUUCCCAUUCAUUUGUGGUUACUGAACUUAAUACUACUAUCUGCAACUUGAAAGAAUUAUUGACAACAGAACAACAAAGAUUGGAAAAAAGUGAAGAUGAAUUGAAAGUACUUACCAUGGAACUUCAGAAGAAAGCAUGUGAACUGGAAGAGAUGACUAAGCUUAAAAAUAACAAAGAAGUAGAACUUGAAGAAAUGAAAGAAAUCUUGGCAGAAAAGCAAAAGCUUUUAGAUGAGAAGAAACAAUUUGAGAAGAUUUCUGAAGAAUUAAGACAAGCAGAACAAGAACUUACUGGACUUCUCCAAACCAGAGAGAAAAAAAUACAUGAUUUGGAAAUACAAUUAGCUGCCAUUGCAACAAGUGAACAGCAUUAUUCAAAACAGGUUAAAGAGCUGAAAACUGAACUGGAAAAUGAGAAGUUUAAGAAUGCUGAACUAACCGUAAGCUGCAACAAGCUUUCACAGGAGAAGAAAGAACUAGCACAAGAAGCAAGUGAUAUGGCCCUAGAAAUCAAGAAGCACCAAGAAGAUAUUAAAAAUAGCAGAAAGCAAGAAGAAAGGAUGUUGAAACAAAUAGAAAAUCUGGAAGAAACAGAAACCCAAUUAAGGAAUGAACUGGAAUCUGUGAAAGAAGAACUGAAACAGAAAGGAGAUGAAGUUAAAUGUAAAUUGGACAAGAGUGAAGAGAAUUGUAACAGUUUAAGAAAACAAAUUGAAAAUAAAAGCAAGUUUAUUGAAGAACUCCAGCAAGAGAAUAAGGCCUUUAAAAAAAAGAAUACAGCAGACAGCAAGCAACUGAAUGUUUAUGAGAUAAAGGUCAGUAAAUUAGAGUUAGAACUAGAAAGUACCAAGCAAAAAUUUAAAGAAAUGACUGACAUCUAUCAAAAAGAAAUUGAAGACAAAAAGCUAUCAGAAGAAAAUCUUUUGGGAGAGGUUGAUAAAGCAAAAGUAAUAGCUGAUGAAGCAGUAAAAUUACAGAAAGAAAUUGAUAUACGAUGUCAACAUAAGAUAGCUGAAAUGGUAGCACUUAUGGAAAAACAUAAGCACCAGUAUGAUAAAAUUGUUGAAGAAAGAGACUCAGAAUUAGGACUUUAUAAGAGCAGAGAACAAGAACAGUCAUCAAUAAAAACAUCUUUGGAGACUGAGCUAUCCAAUCUUAAAAAUGAAAUUGGCUCUGUUAAGAAACAACUUAAAAUGGAAAGAGAAGAAAAAGAAAAGCUGAAAAGAGAGGCAAAGGAAAACAUAGUUACUCUCAAAGGAAAAAAAGACAAGGAAGACAAGAAAACACAGACAUCUUUAGUGGAAACACCUGAAACUGGUUAUUGGAAAUUUGAUUCUAAAGCAGCUCCUUCACAAAAUAGGUCUCGAAACUUCUCAUCAGCUCAUCAUGGCAAAUCAAAAGAUAAUGGAGACUAUCUGUGGACAUCUGCCAAAAAUACUUUAUCUACACCAUUACCAAAGGCGUAUACUGUGAAGACACCAACAAAAUCACAAAUUCAGCAAAGAGAAAACAAGAAUGUACCCAUGGAAGAAAGUAAUAAAAAGAGAAAAAUGGUCUUUGAGUUUGAUAUUAAUUCAGAUAGUUCGGAAACUACUGAUCUUUUGAGCAUGGUUUCAGAGGAAGAUACAUUGAAAAAACUAUACAAGAAUAAUAAUCCACCAAUUUCUCAUCUUUGUGUCAGAACACCAAAAAAGACCCCUUCAUCUCUGACAACGCCUGGAUCUACACUGAAGUUUGGAGCUAUGAGGAAAAUGCGAGAGGACCGUUGGGCUGUAAUUGCUAAAAUGGAUAGGAAACAAAAACUAAAGGAAGCAGAGAAGCUGUUUGUUUAAUUUCAGAAAAUCAGUGUAGUUAAGGAAUCUAAUAGCAUCAAAUUAAUUUUUUUAAUUCUUAUUUUCUAAAGAGCCAACAUUUUCUGAAACUGAGACUUUUCAAUAUUUGCAUAAGUAAUUUGUUUCUUAGAUUUUGGCCUAAAUGCAAAGUAACCACAAGUUACUUGAAAACUUGUAAUUCUAUUCAGAUAAUUAGAUGAUUAUAGUUUGUUUUUACCUUUUUGUAUUCAUGAAAGCUGUUUAAGCUAAGUUUUCACAUUUGUAAAGUUAUUCAUUGAGUACACAAACACAUUAUUGAGAUUUACUACUUAUUCUUUACUAUUAAAAUAUUUUGGAUGCAAA